AUGGCCACUUCGCUCGCCUGUGCAGGUUUCUUCUUCGACACCGAGCCAAUCGGCGAGCCCCGCCUGCCCGCGCUGAACGCGUGCGCGCUCUGCUCCAAACCGCUGGCCCGCGACAGCGACAUCUUCAUGUACAGAGGGGACACGCCCUUCUGCAGCCACGAGUGCCGCUACGAGCAGAUGCAGCACGACGCCAUCCGCGCCAGGCAGGCGGCCAGCAGGUCCGCUGGCCGGCGGCAGCAGCCGCAGUCCAUAAAGAUAAAGGUGUCCAAGACGAGUUGA